AUGACGCCGAAGAAAAUGAAUCUAUUGAAGAAGAAGACUCGGCGCCGCGCAAAGGUGGCGAAAAGUUCAAAGAAGGGUGAAGCGAAUAGUUCACCGGAGAAGGGAAUCGAGAUUCCGAGUCCCCCGCCGGAGCCCGAAAGCACAAGUCAGGAUAAUGUACGUAUAUACAUUAUGUUUGCGAUGAUAAUGUUAUUUAUGUUACAGGAUGAAGAGAAAACUGCCCCUGAAUCUGCUAGAAAAGAAGCAGAUAUGUCUGACAAUGAAAGUGCUGGACUUUAUUAUGGUGGACCUUCUGACGAGGACGAAGUCAUAUGUGAUGGUGGUGAAUAUGACAAAGGACCGCUAGAUUCAGCUACCAAACAACAAGAUAAGUCUGACACUGAAAUGGCAGACAUUUCUGAAGAUGAUAAGGACGUGUUGCCUGACGAGGAAACCAACACUGGAGAUGAUAAGGACGUGUUGCCUGAUGAGGAACACAAAACUGGAGAUGAUGAGGACGUCUUGCCUGAGGAUGAAACCAAAACUGGAGAUGAUCAGGACAUGUUGCAUUAG